AGCUUGCUGCCGGCUGCGCCUAAAUUUAAAGGGCCCGCUGCCUUCCAGAAGUUGGUCUGAAGGCAAACGGUGGUUGUGUAUAUGUGUGGACUGCGUUUUGUCAUGAGACCUGUGCGGCUGGAAAUACUACUUUUCAUCCUGGCAGCGUACGGUGCUUGGGCUGGGACGACAAAAGAGGAGGAAGAUGACACAGAACGUUUGCCCAGCAAAUGCGAAGUGUGUAAGCUGCUGAGCAUGGAGCUACAGGAAGAGUUGAGUCGAACUGGCCGAUCCCGAGAAGUGCUGGAGCUGGGUCAGGUGCUAGACACGGGCAAGAGGAAGAGACACGUGCCUUACAGCCUCUCUGAGACGAGGCUGGAAGAGGCUUUGGAGAAUUUGUGUGAACGGAUCCUGGAUUACAAUGUUCAUGCUGAACGCAAGGGGUCACUGAGAUAUGCCAAGGGUCAAAGUCAGACCAUGGCAACACUGAAAGGCCUGGUACAGAAGGGAGUGAAAGUGGAUCUGGGAAUCCCUUUGGAGCUGUGGGACGAGCCCAGCGUGGAAGUCACAUUCCUCAAGAAGCAGUGUGAGACGAUGCUGGAGGAGUUUGAAGAUGUUGUAGGAGACUGGUACUUCCACCACCAGGAGCAGCCCCUACAGCAUUUUCUCUGCGAACGUCAUGUGCUCCCGGCCUCCGAAACUGCUUGUCUACAGGAAACUUGGACUGGAAAGGAGAAGAUCAGUGAUGGGCAGGAGGAGGCAGAUGAAGAGGAGGAGGAAGAGGAAGAGGAGACAACCAAGACUUCAGACAAUCCCAAGCAUGACCCAGAAGAUCUUUGACCUUUACUUUUGAAUCCCAAGGAUGGGUCAGAGAGAGCUUUCUAAACUCUUGAGCUCUCCCUUCCCCAUCCCAAGGCUUUUAACUGUCCUUUUUGUAUGAUCUCAGCCAUGAUCCUGGAGACCCAGAAUGGCAACAUGAGAGGAGGAGAAGGGGGGAGAAGUAGAAUUAAGUUUUGCCUUAAGAGAUGUGCCACAUGCAGCCAGUUAAUUGAGCAAGUAUGUGGUGACAGUAUUGAGACCUUUCUCUUACCUGUCCUCUCCUGCACCAAUUGGUCAAUGGUGGUAUGAGCUGUGGAAAAGUCGCUUUGCUUUUUAAAAGAGUCUAUUUUAGACCCUUUCCAGAGGCCAGAGAAGGGCUAGAAUGUAGCUCAGUUGGUAGAGUGCCUGCCUAGUAUGGACAGUGAUGGGAGUUGGACCUGGUGUGGUCACAUACCCCUGUAAUCUCAGCACUUGAAAAGCAGAGGCAGGAAUAUCAGAAUAUCAUCCAGCUAUGUAGCAGUUUAAGACCAACUGGAGCUACAUGAGACCCUGUCUCAAAGUAAGAAGCCAAAACGGGACCCUCAAGAACCAAUAUACACUGCAAAUAUGAGGCUGUUUACAUCAAUCUCUGAAUAACAGGACGCUGGAAGAGAGUGAAGCAAUGCUGGGGUUAGGUGGGGUAGACAUGUGGCCUAUUUCCUAUUUCACAGGUGCCAUAUUUUCUAUACUGCUAUUAAACCUUUUAUAUGUAUA